AUGCGAACUUUUGACCGAUGGCUAACGAUAGCCUUUUUCGUACUUGUGACCGGUGAACUGAUCGACACUCGACAAAUCUAUCAACAUGCUGAAUGGUAUAAAACGCCAGGAAAUCCUGGCGUGAAAAUUCGAUUGACAAAGAAAGGCAUUAAUCACUUGAAAACGGUCGGUGUUCGAUUACUGAACGAGCAAAUCUCAACGCUCUCCGGCUAUUCCACCCAGUUCGCCAUCUCACAGCCUGGUCUCGAAGGGCAGGUCUUUCUGAGGGAUGUGCGAGUGCUCCAUUACAAUCCACCACAGAUUUCUGUGGUCAAUUUCCUUCCGCCUCGUUAUAUGAUCCUCGGUCUAGAGAACAUGGACAUUUCCCUCGCUGGGGCAUUUUAUGGUACGGGCGGUCCAUUUCAAGUGGAGGGAUUUGUCGAUGGAAGUAUCACUGGAAUGACCGUGGCAUUGACUGCGGAAUUUGCUACCAGUGUGGACGGUACAAUGGGCGUCCAGGUCCCGAACUGCUCGACGGUAAUUACCCAUAGUCAUUUCAACAUCGAUCCCCAAGGACCUAUGGGACCUCUUGUGAAAACGUUAGAGCACCUUAUCGAAGACAAUUCGCCACGGCUUUUCCAAAAACUAGUUCGUACCGAUUUCCAAGAGCAUUUCAAGGAUUUUCGACUUGUCGACAGUCCAGUGAUAAAAAAAUUUGUUAGUGACUUCGUAAGAGGUAUGUAUAUCAACAACUUGCAUAUAAGCGAUCCAAUUGUCACUAAUGAAUACUUCGAAACCCAACAAAGAGGAGAAAUUCGCUAUACCAGUAAUGACGAAAAUACGCCCUUCUAUCCGAGACCAAUGUACACUGACAACGAGUCGAAUCGGAUGCUUUAUUUCUAUGGAUCUGAUUACAUAUUCAAUUCACUUCUUUAUCAUGCUUAUCAAACCAACAAACUAUCGAUAAAGUUAAAUAAGAAUAAUAUUUCGAAAAAAUAUCGCGGCUUCUUGGCGACAAGCUGUGGAGAAAGCGGAACUUCUGGUGACUUCACUUCGUCCAUAUGCGUUGGGAAACUGAUUCCGCCUAUAGCACAGGAGUAUCCGAAUAACUACUACCUCAUGGCCUACCAGAUUUCCAGUUCAACGGUGAUGCUGGUGCUAUUAUGCUGUCAAGUACGUAUGCUCCAACAGAAUACAAAACCUCGAAUACUUACAUACGUUGACGAUCACGGACAGGAAAAGCAGAUAAUGGUGUCCUCAGCAGACGGACAAGCUGACGUCUUACUUGCCGCCCAGAACGGACACCUCGGAGGAGAUCUGAAACUGAAUCGGCUGUCCGUACGUCUUCACCGUACAUCACUGGCUGGAAUGGAUCCUUCCUCAAUAGAGCAAUUGGCGCCCCUGGCGAAGACCUUUAUCGGACCACAGCUCAGCCAGGCUCUCAAGAAAGGCAUACCAUUUCCCCUAAAGGAUUCGAUCACAUUCGUUGAUCCCCAACUGACGACUCGCGACGGCUUUAUUGAACUAGCCACAGACUUCGUUCUUAAUGAAAAUGCUAUGAGAGCAAAAAUUCAUGAGACUUUUGCCAAUAUCAAUAUUUAA